AUAACGAUUUCAUUCCCGUUCUUUCAUUGCCGAAAAGGGAAGGUGUCGAUUAUACCGAUUCGGUUCUCAGGAUGUAUCAUGGGAAAGAAAUCGCCCCUGUCGCGGUUGGAAAGGCAGUCCAUAUACAACCAUUAUGGGACUUCAUUAUACGGUAGCUGGUUCAUUUAGUGAUAUUCCGGGCCUUCGUGUCCUUGUUUACUGCUUCUGAAAAAACAUGAUUGAGUCGCGAAGACGAGCGGCAUACCGAUCGCUUUGAAAUUGCAUCAUGAUCUGAUGAUUUUUAGGUAAAAUUAGGAACAUUCUCGUUUUUAUGCUCCAUGCCGAUAUUAAAUUUCACGAAGCCGGGGGGCUGACUGGAAGGAAAACGGCGUCGUUGCAAUUCCAUGAACCGCGAGGCGACCUGCCACGCGUCAGAUCCAGAGCGCGAGUGAAGCGGACGCGUCUCCGCUCCGUCCGUACAGUGUCACCGCCACGCGCUCCUCUCCGGCGUUAUAACAAACCAGGAACCGCCCUUCCCUCUUUGAAAAACAGAAUCUCCCUCUCGAAAGCAGAAUCUCUCCCUUCGACGGCGACGGCGACGUUCCGGUGUCGUGCCCUCGGUUCAGAACCGGAGAGAGGGGAGAAAAAUGGCGGCUCAAGACGAUCGAGCUCAAGCGCCGGGAAAGCAGCGGCCGCAAUCGCCGCCGAAGUGCGAUCGUCCUCCGCAGCUGGCCUCGCUGUACGUCGGCGACCUCCACCCGGAGGUCGGCGAGGCCGACCUCGUCGCGGCGUUCUCGGAGAUGGGCGACGUCGCCUCCGUGCGCGUCUGCCGGGACGCGGCCUCCGGCAGGUCGCUCUGUUAUGGCUACGUCAACUUCUUCUCUCACUUCCUCGCAUCUAAGGCUUUGGCUUGUCUAAAUUACUCAAAGCUGAAAGGAAAGCCCAUGAGAAUAAUGUGGUGUCAGAGAGACCCUUCUCGAAGGAAGGCUGGAAAUGCGAAUCUCUUUGUCAAGAACCUUGACCCUUCUAUUAGCAGUGCACGACUGCAAAGCAUUUUCUGCCAGUAUGGUAACAUACUCUCUUGCAAGGUUGCUGAAGACAAUGGAUCGAGUAAGGGAUUUGGUUUUGUUCAGUUUGAAUCUGAGGAAUCAGCCAUGAAUGCUCUUAGAGCCCUCCAUGAUACCAUGCUUGAGGGGAAGAACAUAUAUGUUUCCAAAUUUGUCAAAAAAAGUGAGAGAACGUCAUUUGGUGAAGAACCUGAAUUUACAAAUUUAUACGUGAAAAAUCUGGAGGAAGAUAUUACCAUGGAUCAUCUCCAAGACAAGUUCUCAGAAUAUGGGAAGGUUUCCAAUGUUGUAAUAAUGAAGAAUAUUGAUGGAAAAUCAAGGGGAUUUGGCUUUGUCAACUUUGAAUCACCACAAGCAGCAAAGAAAGCUGUGGAGGCCUUGAAUGGCACAAUAAUGGGGUCGAAAAUUUUGUUUGUUGGAAGGGCUCAAAAGAAAGCUGAAAGGGAGCAACUUUUAAAAGAUGCUCACCAGGUGGUGUGCAGCAGUCGGGUUCAGAAGAGUGGUUGCAAUUUGUAUGUAAAGAACCUUGAUUUGUCCAUUGAUGACAGCAAACUCCAGGGGUACUUUAGUAGCUUUGGGACAAUAACUUCUGCAAAAGUGAUGCGUGAUGACAAUGGAUUGAGCAAAGGAUUUGGUUUUGUUUGUUUCUCCAACUGUGAAGAAGCGAAAAGAGCACUGAAUACGCUGAAUGGGAUCAUCUUCAGAGGAAAACCUCUCUAUGUAGCAAUUGCUCAGCAGAAAGAUGAUCGUUCCAGAAAUUUACAAGAGUAUCGUUCCCAGAUUCAACCUCAGUCUCGGCACCAUUCUUACUUGAAUCCUCUUCCAGGCCAACGCUAUGCACCCCCUUACAACACGCCCCUUUUUCAUCUUCCAUACACUUUACUGUCCCAAUCAAUUCACCAUCAGUAUGUUGGAGCCAAUGCUGGCCUUCCUUAUGCAACAGAAAGUUACAGAGAAUAUCAUUCCACAUCUGUUCCUGGGAGGCAUGCACAAACACAGGAGGGUAACUCCAAUAAUUGGGUCUAUGGACAUCAUUUGACGACAUAUUCCACCUCUGGCUUGCACGGGCAAGAUCAGAAAUUCUGCAAGCCCAAGGUUUCUGGACUUGGCAUCAGGAAGAGGGGCAACAGGAAAUUUCUUCCCGCAGAAAACACCACCAACAGGACUAGAAGUCUACCUGCUCCAUCAUCCCAAGGGACGUGCACUAGAACUCUUGGGAACCUUCUUUAUCCGCUUGUCGAGAAUAUUCAGGUUAACAAGGUGGAUCAAGUGCUGAGGGAGGCAAAUACUAGGACCAUUGCUAGUGGUGGCAUGGCCUUGCCCAAAUCGGCUCGCUGCUUAAACUACUGAAUCAGAGACAUUACGCUUUUGAUCUUUUGCUUGUCCUUAGCCUAUGUUUAGCUAAUCUUUCUACUUCUAUUGCUGCUUGAACGUACUUCGUUUCAUUUCCUUUCCUUUCUUGAAUUUAGUAGGUGUUAUUGACGAAUAGACUGUAAGUACAAUGUUGCCGUACGUAUUGUGGCUCUUUGCCAUUUUGAUACUACGUACUCAGGUAUAUUCUGAUUUC